AUGUCUGGCCUCUUUGGAACGGCGACGUCAGCGGCUUCCUCGACGUCUAACGCGCUCGGUGACCUGAAGUCCGAUGUGGCGCUGAGCGACCCCCCGACCGACACCAUCACGGCGCUGUCCUUUUCGCCGGGCCAGAGCCAGCAGGACUUUCUGGCCAUCUCCAGCUGGGAUAACAAGGUCCGCAUCUACGAAAUUGCCCAAAACGGCCAGAGCCAGGGCCGCCACGCGUUCGAGCAUACCCAGGCCGUCUUUGACUGCGACUUUUCCAAGGAUGGAACCAAAGUCGUGUCCGCAUCGGCCGACAAGAACGUCAAGGUCUGCGACCUCGCUUCGCAACAGGACAUUGUCAUUGGCACACACGACCAGCCGGUGCGCUCGUGCCGCUUCUUCGACAGCAGUGGCACGCCCAUGGUGGUGACGGGCUCGUGGGACAAGACUGUCAAAUACUGGGACCUGCGCCAGCAAGGCGCCGCGGCCACGGUGCAGUGCCAGGAGCGCGUCUACACGGCCGACGUGCGUGACAACCUGUGCGUUGUGGGCACCGCCGACCGCUACAUCAACAUUAUCAACCUUAAAGAACCGACCAAGAUCUACAAGACGAUCCAGAGCCCGCUCAAAUGGCAGACUAGGGUAGUUAGCUGCUUCACCGACGCUGCCGGCUUUGCUAUUGGCAGCAUUGAGGGGCGCUGCGCGAUUCAAUACGUUGAGGAACGAGAUUCCACAUUAAACUUCUCCUUCAAGUGCCACCGUGACGCCGCGGUCAACAACACCGUCGCCGUCCACGCGGUCAACGCCAUCUCCUUCCACCCCGUGCAUGGCACUUUCAGCACCGCCGGUUCGGACGGCACAUUCCACUUCUGGGACAAGGACGCUAAGCACCGCCUUAAGGGCUAUCCCAACGUCGGUGGUAGCAUCACCGCGACCACAUUCAACAAGGGCGGCACCAUCUUUGCCUACUCGGUUGGCUACGACUGGAGCAAGGGCUACCAGCAUAACACGCAAAACCUGCCCAUCAAGGUCAUGCUGCACCCCGUCAACAAUGACGAGUGCAAGCCCCGCCCUGCGACGAAGAAGCGGUAG